AUGACUUCGAUUACUCAGCACGAUGCAGAGCAGAAAGUGCGUUCGUGGGGGUUUUCAACUGUCUACACGUGGACGGACGGACCGAACGCGCAUUACCAUCCCCACAGCCAUGACGGGUUGACGACGCAUCUCAUCCUUUCCGGCGACUUCACUGUAUGCUAUCCGGAGGAUGCCCUCGGCAAAAUGGAGACGUUUGGCCCAGGGGCUCGUAUCGACGUCCCUGCUGGGAAGGUACACGAAGUAUGGAUGGGGAAGGAAGGCUGCACGUAUGUGAUUGGAGAGUAA